AUGGACGUGGUAGAUGAGACUGAAGCGUUACAGAGAUUUUUUGAAGGUCAUGAUAUUACCAGUUCUCUGGAGCCAGCCAACAUCGACACCAGUAUCCUGGAGGAGUAUAUCAGCAAAGAGGACGAUAGCACUGACAUCUGUUUUUCAGAGGUCCACAGCGCCCCGGGGCCAAAUUACUCAUCUCCCCAGGCAGGAGUGUCCUCCUCUGGGGGAUUGGUGUGUGGUGUGAGUCCCCCCAUCCCGCUGCGCCAGGGAGCCCCUCUGCCCGGGCCCCCUAACUGUCAGAACUCCUACCCCCCAGGUCCAUCCUUGGGCCUCCUUCGCCACAACUACCCUUGUCUUGGACAGCAGCAGCAGCAGCAGCAGCAGCAGCAGCAGCAGCAGGCUCACAUCAAGCCUGAACAUAGGGGCCACUACGCCCCAGGGACACUACCAGAGUCCCCUCCAGACUCCAGCUCAGAGCCAUACUCUCCCCAGCAGGUGAAUGAUCCUCACAUGCUCAGGACCAUGACACCAGAGAACAUGUGUCACAUGACUCCCCCGCCGCCACUGCCGCCACAUGGACACUACCCCAACAUGCACCGGGACAUGUACCUGAAGCCUGAGCCCAUGAUAACCCAGUACCCCAUUGGUCCGACCAGCAGCGGAAGUGGAGACAUACAACAGACCCAGAUGCUACAUCAGCUGCUGCAGCAUCCUCAGGGGCAGGACGGGAUUCCUGGUCACCAGGCCAAGAAAAGGAAGCACUCUGACUCACCCAACAGUACCCUCAAUUCCCAAAUCCUCACAGGUAUCAUCAAACAAGAACCAGGUUUGAUGCAGGACGCAGACAACAGCUACUUGGACCCUAACUACCAAUGCAUUAAGUGGCAGCCUCAUCAGCAGAAUAAGUGGACGCCACUCUAUGACGCAAACUGCAAGGAGCUGCCAAUGCCCACCUACCGCGUUGACGCUGACAAGGGGUUCAAUUUCUCGUUGGCCGAUGAUGCUUUUGUGUGCCAGAAGAAGAACCACUUCCAGGUUACAGUAUACAUAGGCAUGCUGGGAGAUCCCAAGUACAUCAAGACCAGUGAUGGCCUCCAGCCCAUAGACUGCUUCUAUCUAAAGCUCAACGGAGUAAAGCUGGAGGCCAUGAACCAGUCCAUCAACGUAGAACAGUCCCAGUCUGAUCGUAGCAAGAGACCCUUCAAACCAGUGCUAGUCACUCUGCCCCCGGAGCAAGUUACCAAGGUGACAGUAGGACGGCUGCACUUCAGCGAGACCACAGCAAAUAACAUGAGGAAGAAGGGCAAGCCCAACCCCGACCAGAGGUACUUCAUGCUGGUGGUGGCGCUGCAGGCCCAGUCCCACAGUCAGAGCUACACACUGGCGGCCCAGGUGUCGGAGAGGAUCAUCGUCAGGGUAACAUCUGCCUCUAACCCAGGCCAAUUUGAGAGUGACAGUGAGGUGCUGUGGCAGCGUGGUCAGUUGCCAGACUCGGUCUACCACCAUGGCAGAGUAGGCAUCAAUACAGACCGGCCGGACGAGGCCCUUGUCGUGCAUGGGAACCUCAAAGUCAUGGGCUCCCUGGUACACCCAUCUGACAUCAGGGCCAAAGAGAAUGUCCAGGAGGUGGACACCACAGACAAUUUGAAACGGAUCUCUCAGAUGAGGCUGGUGCAUUAUCAUUACAAGCCUGAGUUUGCUGCCACCGUGGGCAUAGAGAACACUGCAGAGACUGGAGUGAUAGCCCAAGAGGUUCAGCAGAUCUUGCCUGAGGCAGUAAAGGAGGGAGGAGACGUGGUAUGUGCCAACGGAGAAACCAUCCCUAACCUGUUGGUGGUCAACAAGGACCGUAUCUUCAUGGAGAAUGUCGGUGCGGUGAAGGAGCUGUGUAAGCUAACUGACAACUUAGAGACCCGUAUAGAUGAGCUGGAGCGCUGGAGCCGCAAACUGGCCAAGCUCCGUCGUCUUGACAGCAUGAAGAGCACCGUGAGUGGCGGCACUGUCAGCCAAUCAGGAAGUUAUUUUAGCAGGACUGGAAGUGGCCCACUCAAGAAGAAAACAGUCAGACCUGGUAGCAAGAACUCGCAACCGGAACAAGGCUGCAUCAGUCAGAAGUUUAUGCAGGGGACUAUCCUGGCGCUUGUCAUCGUAAUGGCCUUCAGUGUCAUUUCCAUGUCCAUAUUGUAUGUGUUGACGCUUCAUCACAGAGGAGAUGUCACUGAGAAAGAUGGCUCUGUGUCCUCCUGUGUUCUUUACAUCUCCUGGAUGCCCAUUUUCACUGCCACUGUCACUUUCUGUCCACCUGUCUGCCCCUGGUCCAGAGCUGCCCUGGGAUCCUCACGCAAGAGUUCCUACACUCCUCAGUCCACCACCACCUUGGCACCAGGUUGCUGCUCAACCACGGCUGCAAACAACCAAUCAGCUACGACUCUGUUACCCAGUAACAACCAGUCCACAGCUGAUUUGGGCACCCUUGUCCCCACACCAAGUACUAUUAAUAAGAAGGCCAAGUCAAGACCACUGGAAAAGGAUGGCCGCAACAGGAACCGCCUGAGUCAUACAUCAGCACCCCUGUACUUUGCCAAGUCCAAGAGGCCUCCUCCUUCGGAUCAGGAGGGCGUUGGAUCUACCAACCGUCUGCCGGGGGGACAGCAGCCACGCAGACAGCGCAGCAUACACAGGGAAGGAGCACGGUUGGCUUCCUCUCUGAUGGGUCUCCAUAUCUUGGAGACGGACCAGCAGAUCACAGCGCCAAAUUGUUCAACGCCUGAACGCUGCAGCUACACAGUGUCCCUCCGCGGGAACAGGAACUCCUCAAUCUCCCAAAUCACUUUACACAUGACGUCCCGCAACAGUGUGUGGGUAAAACAAUGUGGAGCCACCAGGGGCCGUCUAUGUCCAGAGCACACAGAGGCAAAGCUCUAUGACGGACAGAGCACAUCUACAACGGGGACUCAUCACCUGUGGUCUGUGCCAGUCCUGUCUUACCAAGAUGUUACUUAUCACUUCCGCGUUUCUCUGUCUAGUGAAGUGAGUUGUGCCGCCCAGGAAGAAAGUGAAGCGACCCCGUCGUACUCUGACUACUAUUUUCUCAUUCAAAGCAGCUGUGCGUGAAAGGGAGAAUAAUCUGGCCCCGAACAUUUUGAAACACACCGCAUCUCCUCUAUAUGGUCUGACUUGUACAUUGUUGAGAUAGGAUUUAUCACACUCCUGAACUUGAUUUUUUUAAUGAGAGACUCAUACAGUAGAAACUAUCCAGCACUGUUUCUUCUAUACUAUUAUCUUUCUUGUGAAUAUCAGUUAAGACAUCUUUUGUUGUGUGUGUGUGUGUGUGUGUGGAGAUAAUUUGCCUUUGAGAACGCUGUGUAUAAGUUCUAUUCAUUUUAUAUCCUGUGUGUCACUGAACUUGGCUUUGUUGGAUGCCACUUUGAAAGUCAAUGGAAAUUACUCCUGCAUUAUCAUUUACACUCAUGGCAGUCUUGUCACAAAACUGUAACUGCUAUAGCAAACAAUUUAUAUCCAUGGCUUUAUAAAUCACUUUAUCACUGAUCCGGCAAUGUCCUGCACUCCUAACACAAGCCAUCAUCACUUUUUAGAAGAAUGACGUUCAGGUUCUUAAAAGAAGUGCUAGCUAUGAUGAAACUUAAGUUGAUAUUUGGCAUGUUUUGGGUUUCUUCCUGCUAUCAUGCUAAUUUGUAUGCACACUGAUACCGGUUUCGAGUGAAAACAAGAAACACUUUUCAAUAGUUUUAUACACUGGAGAGUAGAUCACUGGCUUAUGCUGAAGGCUCCAGUGAAUGAUCGCCUACUCGUAUUCAAAAUAUACCUCAAUGGUGCACACUGGCAA